UGCUACUUCCGCCAAUUUCCUUUUAUCCUUCUAGAGACUAUAACGUCAUGUUUACUAUAGGUCAAGGGUCGGUGUAUUAGAUUAUAAGAAUGAUCGCAGUUCCUGGAGGAGAGGGUUUUGUGUAACUUUAUGGUUUAUCUGAGUGGUAUCAUUACUCUGGAUUUCACAGACAUCAUGAAAGGCAGAAACAAUGGUAUCCUGGAGAGCUCAAGAAAUCUUUAUUCCAGUAUCUCUCGGAGCAUAGAUCUAUCAUAUAGUGAAAGUGAUUUGACACACUUUGUUCAAGAGAACUUUAAGAAGAGAGAGUGUGUGUUUUUCACUAAAGAUGCCAAGUCCAAUGACAACCAAUGUAAAUGUGGAUAUUUGAAAUCACAACACAUAGAAGAGAUGCAGAUUAACCAUAAUGAGAAAUGGAAUUAUAAAAAACAUACCAAAGAAUUCCCAACUGAUGCUUUUGGAGACGUUAAAUUUGAAAAUUUGGGUAAGACAGGAAAGUACAUUCGUCUGUCAUGUGACACAGAGUCUGAAACCCUCUAUGACCUAAUGACACAACACUGGCAUCUAAAAACACCCAAUCUCAUCAUCUCUGUCACAGGUGGAACAAAAAAUUUUGCUUUAAAGCCACGCAUACGUAAAAUUGUCAGCCGGUUGAUUUAUACUGCACAGUCCAAAGGAGCCUGGAUAUUCACUGGAGGUACCCAUUAUGGACUGAUGAAGUAUAUUGGAGAAGUAGUGCGAGAUAAUACUAUCAGUAGGAACUCGGAAGAGAAUGUGGUUGCUAUUGGCAUAGCUGCUUGGGGCAUGGUAUCUAAUCGUGAGAAUCUUAUUAGAAGCUGUGAUACUGAGACAUACUAUUCAACACACUACAUCAUGGAUGAUCUCAAGAAGGAUCUUUUAUACUGCUUAGAUAAUAACCAUACUCAUCUAAUUUUGGUGGAUAAUGGAACUCAUGGGUAUCAAGGCAUAGAGACAAAGUUACGCACCCAGUUAGAAAAAUAUAUUUCAGAAUGCAUUAUUCCAGAUUCUAAUUAUGGUGGAAAGAUUCCAAUUGUAUGCUUUGCCCAAGGAGGAGGAAAAGAAACUCUGAAAGCAAUUAACACUGCCAUCAAGAACAAAAUUCCCUGUGUCGUGGUGGAAGGUUCUGGUCAGAUAGCAGAUGUGAUUGCAAGCUUGACAGAGGCAGAAGGCACACUUACUUCCUCAUCUGUUAAAGAGAGAUUGCUCAGAUAUUUGCCUCGAACACUUUCUAGACUCAGUGAAGAGGAGAUUGAGAGUUGGAUCAAAUGUAUCAAAGAAAUACUUGAAAACCCUCAUCUGCUAACAGUCAUAAAAAUUGAAGAUGCUGGAGAUGAAAUUGUGAGCAAUGCGAUUUCAUAUGCUCUUUUUAAAGCUUUCAGCACAAAUGAAGAAGAUAAAGAUGACUGGAACGGUCAACUGAAAUUGCUUUUGGAAUGGAAUCAAUUGGACAUAGCCAGUGAAGAGAUUUUUACCAAUGAUCGACAUUGGGAGUCUGCUGAUCUUCAGGAUGUCAUGUUUAUAGCCCUGGUAAAGGAUAGACCAAAAUUUGUUCGUCUCUUUCUUGAAAAUGGGCUGAAUCUAAGGAAGUUCCUCACUUAUGAAGUUUUAACAGAACUCUAUACAAACAACUUCAGCAAUCUGGUGUUUAAAAAUCUACAAAUUGCUAAGAACUCGUACAGUGAUGCUCUUCUUACUUUUGUAUGGAAGAUGUUAGAGGAUUUCAGAAAAGGCAAAAAAAAAGAAGACAAAAAUGGCAAAGGUGACAUAGAGAUACAGCUGCUGGAUGGAUCUCUUAUUACGAGGCACCCUUUGCAAGCUCUCUUUAUUUGGGCUAUCCUUCAAAACAAAAAGGAACUAUCCACUGUAAUUUGGGAGCAGACAAGAGGCUGCACAUUGGCAGCACUAGGGGCCAGCAAGCUUCUGAAAAUCUUAGCUAAGGUAAAGAAUGAUAUUAAUGCUGCUGGAGAAUCAGAAGAGUUGGCAAAUGAAUAUGAAACAAGAGCUGUUGAAUUGUUCACAGAAUGUUACAGCAGUGAUGAAGAUCUGGCAGAACAGUUACUUAUUUAUUCCUGUGAAGCAUGGGGUGGAAACAGUUGUCUAGAACUUGCGGUAGAAGCUAAGGAUCAACAAUUCAUUGCUCAGCCAGGAGUCCAGAAUUUUCUAUCCAAACAAUGGUAUGGAGAAAUUUCCAGAGACACCAAAAAUUGGAAGAUCAUUCUGUGCCUUUUCCUUUUCCCUUUAAUAGGAUGUGGCUUCAUUUCCUUCAGGAAAAAGCCAAUAGAAAGGAGCAAAAAGAUGGUCUAUUACUAUGCAUGGUUCUUCACUUCACCAUUUGUGGUCUUCUCUUGGACUGUCAUGUUCUACAUUGCCUUUCUCCUUCUGUUUGCCUACGUCCUGCUGAUGGAUUUCCAAAAAGAGCCUACCAUGCUGGAACUGAUUCUCUAUGUGCUGGUUUUCAUCCUGCUUUGUGAUGAAGUGAGACAAUGGUAUAUGAAUGGGAGUAAAUACUUUUCUGACUUAUGGAAUGUUAUGGACAUCCUUGGAAUUUUCUACUUCAUAUCAGGAAUUGUGUUCAGGCUGCAUUCUUCAAAUGAAACAUCUUGGUAUUCUGGCAGAGUAAUUUUUUGUCUGGAUUACAUUAUUUUUACUCUAAGAUUAAUCCAUAUUUUCACAGUAAGCAGAAAUCUUGGCCCCAAGAUAAUUAUGCUUCAGAGGAUGCUGAUAGAUGUCUUUUUCUUCUUGUUCCUCUUUGCUGUGUGGAUGGUGGCUUUUGGUGUAGCCAGACAAGGGAUCCUACGAAAAAAUGAACAGCGUUGGGAAUGGAUAUUCCGAUCAGUCAUCUAUGAGCCUUACCUUGCAAUGUUUGGCCAUUAUCCUUCUGAUAUUGAUGGUACCACAUAUGAUUUUGAUAGCUGUACGUUCCUUGGAAAUGAAUCCAAGCCUCUAUGUGUAGAAGUGGAUUCUAGUAACCUCCCCCGUUUCCCUGAGUGGAUUACUAUUCCAUUAGUGUGCAUCUACAUGCUGUCCACCAAUAUCCUCUUAGUUAAUUUAUUAAUAGCCAUGUUUGGAUAUACUGUUGGAUCAGUUCAGGAGAAUAAUGACCAAGUAUGGAAGUUCCAGCGCUACUUCUUGGUUCAAGAGUACUGCAGUCGAUUAGCUAUACCAUUUCCAUUUGUCAUCUUUGCCUAUAUCUAUAUGGUGAUGAGGAAACUUUUUAAAUGCUGUUGUAAAAAUGAAUAUAGAGAAUCAUCCAUUUGCUGUUCAAGAAAUGAAGAUAAUGAAAUUUUGGCAUGGGAAGCUGUCAUGAAAGAAAAUUAUCUUGUGAAAAUCAACACCAAGCCCAGUGACUCACCUGAAGAAAUGGCCCAACAAUUUAGACAACUGGAAAUUAAGAUGAAUGAUUUGAAGUUUCUUCUGAAAGAUAUUUCUAACAAAUUAAGAUGAAAAUUGCAUCCAAGAGGCUAUAUCAGCUGAAACAAGAGCUCAUGGCUUAAAUCUGACACUUUACUUUUUUCUUUACACUCUUGUAUUUCUUUUAUAAGAAAAUUGUUUUCAAGGUAAUUCACUAUUUUAUAUUUUAGUACAAUCUUUCAGUAUCAUAUAAACAUGGAAAUACCAAUAUUUUCUAAACUUGGCUGUUGAUGUUGCCUUCUGAUAUCUGAGGAAGCUUAUCAUUUAUAUCUCAUGCUUUCAUGAUAAUCCUGGAGACUCUUUGUUGAUGUUUCCAUAUCAGACAGACAUAUAUAUUGUUUUUAGUUUACUAUAUUAUAAUUCAGCUUUCAGUAUGACUUGAUUCGUUCUUGAAGGCUUUAUUUAUUCUUUUUUCUUCUUGUUUGUUAAUCAUAGGACAUAUAAAAUCUUAGUAUAUAAAUUGUACUUAGUAUAUAAAUUGUACUAAAAUAAAUAUAAUAAACAGGAACCCUACAUUGUAACACAUUAGAAUGCUGAGGCUCCUGAAAGUUGGGAUAUAAAUCAUUUGCUUAAAAAAUAUUUACAAAUGUAUGUAAAUAUCACUUCCAAUGUUGUGUGUCUGUAAAGAUGUUUUAUUGAUUUGUUUGCUUGAUUAUUGCAACUGUUAUGUAUAUUUAAAAAAUAAUAAAAUGGAUCAGAAUUAACAACAGCUUUUUUUCAUUACUAUAAGUAACUGGAUUAAUGAAGAUAUGAAAUUUUGAAGCAUUCUAAUUAACGACUGGUUGAAAAGAGAAUUCCACAUUAACAAAAUGACAAGAUCAGCAAUGUUUGACUUAAGACAUUUGAUUUUUCAAGGAAAAGUUGGAAAUUAAUUAGUUAAUAAGAAUACUACCAAGAAAGAAAGAUGCGUGAAAAGUCUCAUUAGAUUUAAUAUAGUGUCAAGAAGAUAGGGUUUAAUGUAGAAACCCAUGGAAACUGCCUCAGUUAAAACUUUAGCUUCCAUUUCCACUUCCCCCAAAAUGGUGUGCUCAGCUGCUGCAGGGUGAUCUGCUUCUCUUGCUGAUUUUGCCACCAAAGUGGAUUCUUUGGCAGCCUGCUCCCUAGAUUAUAGUGAACAGAUUUUAACAUUGGUAAAGUGGGACACCAUUGAGGGGGGGGGUGGCUUGGUGGUCAUGUGACUGGGUGGGCGUGGCUAGCUGCUCAUGUAACUGGGUGGGCGUGCAAUUUUGCCUUUAACCUAAUUUUAAUGCUUGUUCACCUGUGGCAAGUUCAGCCCUUUUAACUGCACCUGGCUAAAAUUACCUCAGCUUGAUUCCUCAGAGUCAAAUCAGCUGCUGAAGAAAUUUUAAUUAACUUUCCCCUCCUUACUUGCAGUACUUUUCUUAGUCUGCAAGCCAGGACAUGGCUAUUUUUACCUCAGACUUUACUCCAAAGCUCAUUUUUUGACUCUUAUUCACCUAUGGUGGUUCGGACACGGCUGAGAUUACCUCAGGUUCCGCCCGUCUUUUACUUCUUAAGAACUUGAGCCUUGGCUAAAAUUACCUCAGUCUUCAAAAACUGACUAUCUGAAGAAAGUAAACUCAACUCCUGGACCUGAAGUAAAUUUUAGUGAACUUUUUGCUUUUAGUUGACUUGAAUUUUGCUUCUUUUGAAGGAGCCUUGACUAAAAAUUACCUAAAUUUGACUUUAUUCCUGAGAGCGAGGUCAACUCCUGAGGCAAUUUUACCUUUAAAACUCAUUUUAGCACUUAUUCACUGUGGCGGUUUGGUCCUUUUUUUAACAGGACAUGGCUAUUACCUCAGGUUCUACCAGUAUUUUAAGAACUUGAGCCUUGACUAGAAUUGCUUCAAGACUCCGUGGUUCGCGGUAUCCCCUGAGGGGAAACCCCAUUGGCAAAGACUGAAAUAAUUAUCUUUAGUGACCUGAGGUAUUGGACUCCUUUAAAGAACAUUACUGUUGAGAUAUUACCUCAGUUUUUACUCCCAAGAACACACGCCGUGGUUAAAAUUACCACAGGAGCUAUCCUUACUCGCCAUAAAACAAGACUAUUAAUUAACUAUCUAAAGAACUCACGCUCUCCCACCACCACCACUUACAACGUAUAAAAAGUCUCAGGUCUUCAAAAAGCUUACCUCAAA